AUGCGAAAAUGUCGCCACAAAAUUUUGUUCUAUGUAACCCUUAUAUACACAUGUGUUAAUAUAGUAAAAUCCCGUAAUAUUUUAAAUUCUUCUACACACUUUCCUGGAAAUAAUGUAUUAACAAGUGGAAUUCCACUCAAUCUGACAAAUUAUACUAAAUAUAGACCAGGAUUUAUUAAUAAAACAACUGUUUUGAAGGAUUCUUUUAAGCCCUUUCGAAAGAAUGAUAGGAUUCCCCAAAGAUUACACUCCCUUCCUAAAGACUUCGAGAUUACCGAAGUCAAACUCGAUAGAUAUAGGAACAUUGGUAUCAUGGCGCAUAUUGACGCCGGAAAGACUACGACAACCGAGAGAAUACUAUACUUAACUGGUGUAACAUAUAAAUUAGGAGAAGUACAUGACGGAGAGGCGGUGAUGGAUUAUAUGCCUCAAGAGAGAGAAAGAGGCAUAACAAUAACAUCAGCAGCAACCACAUGUUACUGGAGAGGAGGAUAUCGCAAAAUUCCACUUCAUCGCAUUAACAUAAUUGACACGCCAGGACAUGUUGAUUUCACCCUUGAAGUUGAACGAUCUUUGAGGGUCCUAGAUGGAGGAAUUGUAGUUUUUGACGGAGUUGCAGGAGUAGAAACACAGUCAGAAACAGUUUGGAGACAAGCUGAUAAGUUUAAGGUAUUAACUGAGUGUACUAUUCCAAGAAUAGCAUAUGUAAAUAAGAUGGAUAGAAUAGGAUCAGAUUUCAAUAAAUGCCUUGAGGAGAUGAAGGAAAAAUUAGGAGCAUUCCCAAUUCCGUUAUUCACCCCAGUUGGAAACUACACGGAUUUUCAAGGAGUAAUAGACAUUAUAAGGGGUAAAUUUUACAAGUUCAAGAACGAGAAAAUGAGCUUCGAGUACGAAGAACUGGAAAUUCCAGACGAUCAAAUGGAUGAAUAUAAGAAGUACAGAGACCUGCUAAUGGAAACUGUGGCCCAGCAGUCAGACGAGCUUCUAGAAAAGUACAUUUCUGAAGAACCCCUCACGGAAAGUGAAGUUAGGAGUACAUUGAGAUCACUUACACUCUCAAACACCGUGAUUCCUGUGGCUUGCGGAAGCUCUUUAAGGAAUAAGAAUAUUCAAGGCAAUUUUAUAUUUUUUAAAACAAAUUUAGGCAUUUUGGAUAUGGUGUUGGACUUUUUACCAUCACCUUGCGAAACCAAUAAACUGUUUCUAGACUCUAUUAAAUCUGAUGAAAAAAAGGAAUCUGAAGAAGAAACUGGAAAAAAUGAACAAGAAACUGAAACUGAUGUUAACAAAUAUGUUAACUUUGACACAAGUGACUUCACACUACCACUAGCAUGUCUAGUAUUUAAGUUGUCAUUUGAUGCACAAGUUGGAAACCAGUCAUUUGUUAGGAUAUAUCGAGGUUCUAUAAAAGCCGGCGACUACGUGUAUAAUCCGAGAACAAAGAGGAGUCAAAGGGUUCAAAAAAUACUCUUCAUGCACUCAAAUGAAAGGAAACAAAUCAAGGAAGCACAUGCCGGUGAUAUCGUCUCUCUGGUGGGAGUGAAGGCGAUAACGGGUGACACGCUUUGCUGUGAGAAAAAUCCGAUAGUCUUAGAGUCAAUUGACUUUCCAGAGCCCGUGAUAAGCCUUUCAGUUGACAUUGUAAACGCAGAAGAUGAUGUUAGAAUUCAGCCGGUGUUGUCGAGAUAUGCAGAAGAGGAUCCAUCGUUUCGAGUCCAUAGAAAUUCCGAGACUGGAGAAACUCUUAUCAGUGGGAUGGGAGAAUUACACCUGGACGUCAUGGUGGACAGAAUAAGGAGGGAGCAAAAUUUGGAACUGAAAACUGGAGACCCUCAAGUGGCUUUUAAAGAAACAUUUGUUAAAGAAGUCGUUUCAGAGGGAAAGUUUAUCAAGCAAACUGGUGGAAAAGGUCAGUACGGUCAUGUAAAUUUGCAAGUUGUACCUUUGGAGCAGGGAAGUGGAGUUCAGUUUGAGAGCAAGAUAACGUGUGGUGCAAUACCGAAGGAGUUCAUACCAUACGUUGAGGAGGGGAUAAGAGAUGAGUUUAACACGGGUUUAUUUGCAAAUUACCCUGUCACAGAUGUGCUGGUAAUUCUGACCAACGGCUCAUUUCACGAAGUCGACAGCUCAGAAUUCGCCUUUAAAAUGGCCUCAUCAAGAGGAAUAAAGGAAGCCGCAAGGUUGUCUGGGAUGAAGCUCCUGGAGCCUAUAAUGAAAGUUAGCAUUAUUUGUCCAACUGUAAACUUCGGAGAAAUUAUUUCCGACCUUUCAAAAAGGAGAGGUAGAAUAACUAAAACUAAAGAAGGGUACGGAACAGUUAAGGAAAUUGAAGCCGAGGCUCCUCUCAAGGAAAUGACGGGGUACAUGACAAAACUAAGGAAAAUGAGUCAGGGGAGAGGCUUCUAUACCAUGGAAAUGUCACACUACAGCCCCGUUCCAAAGGAAAUUCAGGACCAAAUUAUAGCAUCCAAACGUAAAGAAUAA